AUGGCUCGAAAACGAACAAAGUGGGAACUAGUUCAUCAAUUUGUUCAUGAAGUCGUUGACUUCAGCUCUCAGUAUGGGUCAGAAAGUGGAACUGGAUUUACAGCGGCAAAUAUUGUUGGGCCGUGUCAAGUGUAUCCAAAUUAUUGUGAUUCCAACGCAACAGCAGCUUUUCGAACUUACGGUAAAUGGUGGCGUAAUAGUCCAAGUAGUUUAAAACCGAUCAAUUUAACGCCUGAUGAUAAUGAUAAUUAUACAAGUGAAGAUUAUGUUGAUUUAUACUUUGAUGUACCAGUAAUACCAGUGUGUUUACAAAUUUAUGAAACUUAUAAUCCAGGUGCUAUUGUACGCAUUUCAGCUUGUUAUAGACGUCAACCAGAAAAUAGUCCAGUUAAUAUGCGUAAACUUCAGUGGACUACUUUAUGGAAAUUAAAUUAUUCUAAUCAAGACAAAAAUCAAUUGGUUCAACUACAACACACCGAUGACGACGAUCAUUACCGUACACGGCAACAACAACAACCACUUCAGUUAACUUAUCAUUCUAAUAAUGUAUGCACUACUCUAGCUUGUCCAGAUGUUGUUAAUUGUAGAACAAGAUCAAUAUCUAAUAUGUAUCCUGACAGAUGUCUACCUGCAUUACCAUAUGAUGAUGAAAAUGCGUUUACAGUUCAAUAUUCAGAAUAUCUACCUCAAUCACGUAUUUUUCAACCAAAAUUGUCCAAUGUUCGACCAUAUCCAACAGAUUUAUUACGAAUUGAAUUUGAUAGUACACGAUGUAGAUAUUAUACACAAAUUGAUGCUGUACGUUUAUCUGGUUGGGCUGAAUUAACGCAUACUACUAUAUCACGAUGGUCUGGACAACUUGAAGCCCCAUCAUCAUCAUCAUUGUUAAUUGGUGUCAAUUCAGAUAGUGCAGAACAAUCAAAUAAUCGUUCACAAAAUACUUUAUCAUUCUUUUCUGAUUUAUUAAGACCGUGUACACCACGUUUAAGAGCAUCAUCAUAUGAUCUAACUGAUGAUUCGAUGGAUGUGUCGUUGUCAGAUGCUACGUUACCUGGAUUAUCACCAGAUCGAUUAGAUGAUAAGAAUAUUGAUGAAGAUAAAUCUUCUUCAUCAGCAUUAUUACCAAUCUGUAUUCGUCGUAAAUCUUCUGGUUUGAUUCAGAUACCACCAGUUGGAAUGAAUUUAUUAUUAUUACAAAGUAGGAAUUUAGUUGCAUUGCCACCAGGUACAAUUUGUCAGUCUUCAUUAUUUGGUUUGACUUAUUUAAAUGAGGAUGCAUUAUGGCGUCAUGGACCAUUAACUCGUUUACCGUAUGAAAUUCUACUUCAUAUUUUCUCUUAUUUGGGUUUAAGAAGUUUACUUCGUUGUGCAUGUGUAUCUCGUCAAUUCCGUUGUCUAGUUAAAGAUACACUGGCUAAUAUGACUAGUAUAGAUCUUCAAUCAUUUUGGCCAAUAUUAAAUGAUUCAACAUUAAUUAGUUUAGGUAAACGUCUUGGUCAAGUUAAUUUGACUGCAAGAGCAGUUGUUGAAUAUUAUACAACGGGUCAAUCGUUAGUUGCACCAAUCACUUUAUUACGUCGUCAAUCUAAUCAACAGCACAAUUUAAGUACACGUUUCAAUUACCGUACUAAAACACGUGUCCAUACACCAUUUGCUGCACGAGUACGUAGUUAUAGUUCGAAUGCUGCUGCACGUUUACGUAAUCAUACUAGGUUAUUGGAUUCCAUUUCUUCCAAUAUACAAAAUAUAUUAGUGUAUAAUAAUAAAGAUUUUCCUGAAAAUGAAAAUGAUACUGUAAAUCAAAAUUUGAAUGUUAAAAUAUCCGAUAGUUCAGUAGAAGCAUUACAAAUAUCACCAACAGCAUUUGGUCAUUUCCUCACUGAUGCUUGUCGUUAUUUAACUACAUUACGUUUGUCUAGUUGUAAAUUUCUUAACGAUGACUGCUUGUUACAUAUUGUCAAUACUUGUCCAUAUAUAAAAGAACUUGAUUUAUCAUCAUGUCUUGGUAUUACAUCAUAUGGUUUCUUAACAUUGGGUCGAUUAAUUCACUUACAAUGGAUAUCACUAUAUCGAACCCAUAUCACUGAUAAUGGUUUAGCGAUAUUAGCUGAAUUAUGUCAAUAUUUAAAGCAUGUGAAUCUUGGUUCAUGCAUAUAUGUUAAUGAUAUGGAUCAUAUAUUGCAUGAUCUGACAAGAAAUAAUCCAAAUUUACGUUCAUUAAACUUAUGGCGAUCCAACAGUUUGACUGCUACAGGACUAUCAUCUAUAUCAGAACAUUGUUUACAAUUAGAAGAAUUAGACAUCGGUUGGUGUCGUAAUUCGUGUUCGACAUUUAAAAAAUUAUUCUUAACCGGAACAAACCUUCUCAAUUCGGAAGAACUUCUGUUAAUUAGUCAAUAUUUAAAUGAAACUUUAGAACAAUUAGAUAUACAUGGUUCAACAAAUAUUACAACUUCUGCUAUUGUUUCUAUGCUAAAUCAAUGUCAAAAAUUGAAAUUAUUAGAUGUAUCAUUUUGUUCAGAAAUUCAUUCAAUUCAUUUAAUUAAAUUAAGAUAUUUAUUUCCAUAUUGUACAAUCAUUGAUUCAAUACCAGAUAUGAAUGCAGAAAUAUUAGGUAAUCAAUUCCCUGAAAUGAUUAUUGAUGAAGUUGUUGAUGACGAUGAUGAGAAUAUUAUAGAAAAUCAAGAACCAUUAGUAGCAUUACCAGCACCAAAUCCAUUACAACAAGAUAUUGUUGUUUAUCAUUAUUAGAUUCAAUUAGUUUGUUUGUUCAUGUGUGUGUGUGUGUAUGUGAGUGUAUGUAAAGAGUAACACUUUGUUCUAAAAUGCAAAUGAAUCCGAUGUAUUUGAAUCGAUUUACUUUCCAUAUAUAAAAACAGUUUUAUUUUACUUUUUUGUUUAUGUUUUUCUUUUUGUUUAUAUUAUUUUAAUUUGUAUAUUUUAUUUUCAAAAUUCCACCGCUUUAUUUCAUUGUGCAUUUAAAAGAGACAAUAUGUUUAUGUGUUGUGAAUGAAUAAAUUGAAAAGAGUAAAUAACCACUAUGUAAAUUGAUCAUUGUAUUGUUUGUAAUAUCAUAGAUUUUAUUUGUAGUUUUAGGAUUGAUCUGCUUCAAUACCUGAACUAAGGAUAGGGAGUGAAGUAGUCGAACGCGUCAACAACUU